UAAAGUCGCGCGACUCAGAUCGUCUGUAGAGGCAGUACGUUGACGGAAAUUCGGGAGAACCAGCUACAGCGGGCAGUGUUUCAUACCUCCCCCGUGUGUCGAGUCGGGAGGACGUGUCGACUCCGGGACCGCGCGUUAGUGACUGUGAUUGUGUGAACGAAACCAUAACCUGGCCGUUAACGUCCACACAAAUUCAAAUUCGGAAUGACAUAAAAAAACCGCGGUUCCACAUUUGAAAUAAAAAAAAAAUUGAGCAGUUCACGAAUAUUUUUUUCUAUUUUAACAGUUCAUUCAGCCUAUGUGGUAAAAAGUUUUUAGUCGAUUAGAAAAAGUUUGUAAAAUUUUUGAAAAUGCUGCGUUAUUGGCUGUGUUUUGCUAGUGCAGUGUGUUUGGCGGGCCAUUGUGGGGCGAAUUAUUGCAGGGACGCUAACUUAUGCUGUCCGGGGCGGGACAGUUCGUGUGUGAUACAGAAGGCUCACCAGAACGCCAUAAUCGAGGACUUGACUGACAAGCCCUGCUACUGCGACCACGCUUGCUUGAAACUUGGUGACUGCUGUCCUGAUUUCCGGGAGACCUGUGGAGUAAUCGACUGCGUGGUAUCUGGUUGGGGUCCAUGGUCUGACUGCGACACAAACUGCGGUUCCGGCAGCAUGGUGCGCAGCCGGCGCGUGGUGCAGGCGCCUGCGCACGGCGGCAGACACUGCCCCUCAUUGGUGCAGCGACGCGCCUGCCAGGAACAUAGAGGCUGUUCUGCUGACAGUGAUGUCCCGUUAAGAGAUGAGACUGCAAUGCUGUUACCGGGUGGUCUAUCAGUGAGCCGCCAUUCCAACGAGACAGUCGACAUCCGCAAGAACUUGCGUCUGCGCAACCCUGACGAUCCUGAAUCCAACUCGCAUAGAGAAUACUGCGCCCAGUUCGAGGUCACCAAGGUAUCCAAAGCUUGCCACACAGACUCCGACUAUAAGGCAUUAAGAGAAGGCGCGACAGUCUGCGUGCUCUGCGAGACGGCAGCUCUUCGACGAGACCUUAAAUGGCGUUGCAGCGGGCAUGGCGUACCCGGCCACGCGACCCGCUUCUACGCCCUAGUUGCACCCCACUGCCACGGCAAAUGGGUGAAAGCGGCCCAAAACCCAGACAAAAGAAGCGACUGCUGCACAAAUCCCGACUUUAUAUUCGUUUAAACGCUUUAUAAGUUGUAAAAUUUCCUAUAACACGACUUAUCCACACUCUUAAUGAUUUUUGAAAUGUUUUUUUUUUUAAUAACACAACUAUAAAGUGUCUUAGUGUGGAUUAGGAUUUACAUUUAUUGGUUAAUUAAUAAAAAACAUACCUUAAUGAUAAAGAAAUAAGGUGUAUUCUAAAUUGUUUCCAUUAUCUUUUGAGACUUCAUACAUUUUCCCCAGUAAUAGAUAGUUUUUUGUUUUUCUCAUUAUGAGUAUUGUUUCAUUGCAUUUAUUAAUUUGUAAGGAAAUGAAUAAUUAUGGUCGCAUUUUACUUAAUAAGACUAAGGGCUCGUACACACUGACUAGCGGGCGCGGGCGCGGAUGAAAUUAAAUAUCAAUCAUAUUAUAAUGGGACUACAGGCAAGUGUUCACGUACAACACGGUGCGGUGUAAGUAGCGUUACAACUCUCGAAAGACAUAACUAAAUUAAUAAUUAUGGCUUACUUACAAUAUGCGAGGUUGUACGACUAGUUUCGAGCUAUGCCAGGGACUCAUAGUCAGAGAUGGUGCGCGUUGCGUGUGCGCGGCGAUAUCAAACGCAUAAAGACAUAUGAGUGUGUUGACGUUGAACUAGCGGUAGAGGGCGUAAUUCACUCGCACUGUUAGGUAAUUUCAAAGGUUUGAACUUAUACAACCACGCUCGCGAACGUGUAUUAAACGUGAACACAAAAUCGCGCCCGCGCCCGCACCCGCGCCCGCGCCCUCUUGUUCACCGUGAACAAGCCCUUAUAGCACAAUAUUACAUGUAAAUACAAACACUGAAUAGUUUUUACUUACUUACGAACGAAAUUAAUAAACUGUUCUAAAACAAAUUUUUGGAUUGAUAUUAGAUCUAUUAUACCAUCAGAAUCUAAAUAUUGAUCCAGAGAUUUUGGAUUUGAAAUCGGUUACUAAUUUCUUAUUUACAUUAACCUAUAUUACUUAUUGUAAUUGCAGAAAAAAAAUCAAUAGAUCUACCACAAAAAAUAGCCAAAUUUUUAGAAAAUUACGUACCGUAGCUGUUUCUUUUUGACAUUGAGAAAAUUAUCAUUUAAUUUUAAAUAAAAUUGAUUUGUAAGUCUAGUACUAAUUUUGAUAAUACUAAUAAAAUAGUGAAUAAUACUAGUUUGUGAAUACAUAUCUUUAACGACUUGAUGUACAUAAAUAAUGUUAAUAAACUCAUUAUGAAGUGAAA